AUGAGGCAGCUAGCCCCAGCGCCCUCUCCGGGAACAAUCCUUCCGUCGCUGCUCGACAUCACCCUCGACGACAUCGAGGCCGGACUCGACAAUGGCAGGUUUACGGUGGUCGAUUUGGUCACAGCAUACCGUAAACGAAUCGACGAGGUGGACGACCACUUCCGGUCCAUCAUCGAGAUCAAUCCUGACGCCGAGGCAAUCGCGCAGUCGCUAGAUUCCGAGGUCAGAACGACCGGGAGGCGAGGACCACUCCACGGCGUGCCCAUCCUCCUCAAAGACAAUAUCGUGACCCUAGACGAGAUGGAGGCGACCGCCGGGUCCUUUAUCCUUCUGGGCGCCAAACUGGCCAACGAGUCAACCGUGGCGGCCAAUCUUCGCCGGGCCGGAUGUGUACUAUUGGGAAAGGCGGCCUUUUCCGAGUGGGCAAACUACAGGUGGACAAAUGCACCGUCGGGCUGGAACGCUCGCCGUGGCCAGUGUACCGGCGCCUUUUAUCCCAACAUGAAGGCAUCAGGGAGCAGCACGGGUUCUGCAGUCGCGACUAGUCUGGGAUUGUGCUUCGCUGGGAUUGGGACCGAGACAAAUGGCAGCGUUUGCCACCCAACCGGCAAGGCAAGCCUGGUCGGCCUGAAGUCAUCACCGGGUUUGAUAUCCCGUGAUGGGACAAUGCCAGGCUCGGACCGAGUUGACGCAAUAGGAGUGUUUACCAGGAAUGUCAAAGAUAGCGCAACCAUCCUCAGCGUCGCGGCCGGUAAGAGUGACCGAGAUCCUCUCACAAACGAAAUCCCCUUUGACAAGAUCCCUGACUACACGGCCGCCUGCGCCGGGACUGAUCUGCAUGGGAUCAGGAUUGGCGUCCCGACCACGGCAAUCGGCCAGAUCGAACCCAAGGAAGCCAACAGCUUUGAGGUGGCGCUUUCGAAACUGAAGAAUCUUGGAGCUGAGAUCGUCCAGGACGUCGGAUUGCUAGCCGAGGAGGGCUGGAAGGCGAUAACACCGUAUCAGCGUCGAAUGAUAACCCAUGGAGACCUCGCGCCCAGCAUCGAAGCAUAUCUCAAGACGCUCGCAACCAAUCCUCUUGGGGAGGGUGGUAUGAAAGGUGCUAUGGACAGGCAUCAACUUGAUGUCCUAGCGACGCCAACUUGCUCCGCCAUUCCUGUUACCUUCGCAAGUCUUGAGCGGUCGCCCAUUCUGUCCUUCCCUCUCGGGUUUUACCCUCCUGACAAGGCCAUCCAGAGAAAUGCCAAUGGCGAUCUCAUCACCGUGGGCCCGGGGAUCCCGUGA